CCGAGAAGAAUCACACAUACCUCAUCACAACGUUUACACUACCGUGAGAAAAGUCCGGUACAAAUACUCAAGAAACUCCCCAGAUAUAGAUAGAUUAGAGCCUCUCUCUUGAGGUUCUAAUGCGAGUAGAAGCUAUGGUUGACUAUCAUCAGAUUGGGUAGAGACUUUCAUUGACUUAAUCGUGGCUCGCUCGUUUCAUCUUCCACCACCAAUCCAAUCCAUUGAUCCAAUCACGUUUUGGUUUUCGUCUUCGGCACCGCCCAGCCCAGUCCAGUCAGUGAAACAGCUAUUUGGUAUUUUAUCCAUGUUUUUUUUUUGUUACGAAAAGAACUUCAUGUAAACCUCAUGGCUGAUCACACAACCUCUGUUGUAAACCAAACUCCAAGCAUGCACAAUAAGUCCUCCUCGUUGUCUUUCUUUCUUUAUAAACCCUAAACCCUAGCUUCUUUAACAAGCAAAAAAACUCCCUAGCUACAUGACGAGAUUAUUCUCUUCUGUGUUGGUGUUUCUAUUCUUAUCAAUUUCAGCUCUAUGUUCAGCCACCGUGGAAAACGCGGCGGAUUGUGUAGCCGUUGGAAUGCUGAUAUCCUCAUGCACUGAGUUUGUGAAUUACGGUUACCCGGAUCCCAUACCCGGUUCAAGCUGCUGCGACGCGAUGACAGUCCUCGGAACUUACUCUGAUUCUUCUGACAAGAGAAUGUGGCUCUGUAACUGCUUCAUUGAUCUCAUCAAUGUCUAUAACUCAAACGCCACAGCUAUUUCUACCUUGUCUGGCUUCUGCGGCAUCGUUUUGGGCUUCACCAUCGAUCCAAACACCGAUUGCAACUUCAUUCAGUGAAGGCAAGGGACAAGACUUUUGGAGCCUCGGUGUUGUGGAUCAAACUGAACAGAUUGUUUAUGAUGUAGUAUUAAACUCAUAGUUCUUGUCUUGUUAAAAAAAACAGUUAACGAACAUUACAUCAGGUUAGUUUAGAGUUUGGUUUUGAUUGAACAUUUAAUCAAGAAACAUAAAAGAACA